UCGCAGCUGAUUAAUAUUCAUGAGCGCGCUUCCGCCAGAGCGUGAUUGAUCUUCAUGGCUGCUCUUUCAGUCAGAAAAUGCGGCGAUAUCUUCGAGUUUUGUUCGUCUGCACGCUGUUAGUCUUCUGCUCACUGCUCUACAUCUUUAAUCAGCUCGUGUCGUCUCUGGAGCGCGCGGAUCAUCGGGAGCGAGCGCCGCGGACACGCGCAGUGGACACGGGCCUGAGUGGACGCGCGCAGGAUGACAGGUGUGGUUCAGACUCUGUCACUCACUGGGAGCCGUACUGGAGAAUCAGCCGUGAUGUUUGCCCAAACCACUGCGUUACGGACUCAGCUCCUAGGUCUGCUCCUCAGGACCCGGUCCAGCUGGCCGUGGUGGCCUGUGGCUCCAGACUGGAGGAAACACUCGUCAUGCUGAAAUCUGCUGUCCUCUUCAGCCACAGACACUUGUGCUUUCACAUCUUCUCAGAAGACCACCUCCACGCCGGAUUCAGACAGGAGCUGGAGUCGUGGCCGCAGAGGUUUCGCUCGACGUUCAGCUACAGCGUUUAUCCCAUAGUCUUCCCCAGUGAGAACGCCAGAGAGUGGAAGAGACUGUUCAAACCCUGCGCUUCUCAGAGACUCUUCCUCCCCCUGCUUCUGAAGCAGGUGGACUCUGUGCUGUACGUGGACACAGAUGUGCUGUUCCUGCGGCCGCUGGAGGACGUCUGGAGCUUUCUGUCCCGGUUCAACAGCAGUCAGGUGGCAGCCAUGUCCCCGGAGCACGAGGAGCCACGCAUCGGCUGGUACAACCGCUUCGCUCGACACCCGUACUACGGCCAGACCGGCGUCAACUCAGGAGUCAUGCUCAUGAACAUGACCCGCAUCCGACACACACUCUUCAAGAAUGACCUGGCAGCGGUGGAUCUGAAGUGGGCUGAUCUUCUGAUGCCUCUGUUACACAAGUACAAGCUGAACAUCACGUGGGGAGACCAGGACCUGCUCAACAUCAUCUUCCACUAUAACCCAGAGUCUCUGCUGCUGAUGGAGUGUCUCUGGAACUAUCGUCCUGAUCACUGUAUCUACGGCAGCAACUGCAUCAGCGCUGAACACAGCGGUGUUUACAUUCUCCACGGCAACCGCGGCGUUUACCAUGACGACAAGCAGCCCGCCUUCAGAGCUGUUUAUGACGCCAUAAAGCUGUUCCCGCUGGAUGGAGAUCCUCUGCGAGGUUUGCUCCUGCCUCUGGAGGAGAAGCUGAAGAGCGAUCACUCGUACUGCGGCCGAUCUCGACUGGUCUUCACCAAACGACUGCGUCAGAGCGUCACAGAGCUUCAGGAGGAGCAGGAGCGCUCCAGACCAGCAGAGGUUUGAGUCUUCAGAGCUGAUCGACCUCACACACCAGCAGCUGACAAUCACACACACACACACACACACACACACACACUGAGAGCGCGAGAGGGUCGCGCUGGUUAACCAUCACAGACCUCGUGUGUCUUCAUCAGUGGUACUCUCUCGGUUUCAGAUCCCUUCACACACCAGACUCCUCUCUAUCUCUAUCUCUAUCUCUGUGAUGAUAUUCAGUGUUUUCUCAGAGUUAUAUUUGUGAAUAUCAGUUCAGGUUUAGAGAUUUACACACAACAUCAGUGUUUUUAUGCAAAGAGUUGAUACAUUUGUAUUAUAACUGGUUUUGAUCUUUAUAUUGUAUGUCUGGAAAAUAUGAAUGUGGGAUUUUACGGUUAUUGUGAUGCUCAGUACCAUUUCAGAAUGAUUUACAGUUUUAAUUACAGUUAAUAGAAUCAUAACUAUUCUUAAUUAUAAUGAUCCUGUUUGAAACGGUGAGAAGAAAGAUUUAGUGUCUAGAUUGCAUUUCACCAAAGAAAGAAAGACAAGAAAUUAAUUCAGUUAAUUUAGUAAUUAUUAUUAUUGAUUAACUAUUAAUUGGAACAUUUAUAUAUAUUUAUUACAAAUAAAUGUUUUUUUCAGGUAAUUUGUAAUGUUUUUGUAUUUGUAAUGCUCUGAUAUGUUACUGAGAAAUGUACUGAUUAAUUUAAAUGUAGAAAUAUGAAAAUGAGCCGCAGGUUAAAGAAAUAUUUGAAUGGUCUGUGGUUGAAAUCUAAUAGAGUCUGUAUUGGCUCUCAUAGUAUAUUUUUGUAAUAAAAGUGUUUUCUCUGA